AUGGCGGAGGCGGAGGCCCAUAGCGUCGUCAUCGUCGGCGGCGGCAUCUGCGGCCUUGCCACCGCUCUUGCUCUUCACCGGAAAGGGAUUGCUAGUCUUGUGUUGGAGAAGUCUAGGAGCCUGCGAGCAGAUGGCGCAGGCAUCGGCGUCCACGCCAACGGAUGGCGAGUCCUGGAGCAGCUUGGCGUCGCUGCGGAGCUCAGGGACACUGCCCAUCUUAUCACCGUGUAUCAUGAUGUGUGGCAGCAGGGAGACAAAACCAGCCGAGAAAAGGUUCCAGUAAGGACGGAGCUCCGAUGCUUAAACAGAAAGGACCUGAUCGAGGCACUGGCCAAGGACAUACCGGCAGGGACGAUCCGAUUCGGCUGCCGCAUUGCUGCCAUCGACGCGGAUCCCGCCGGCGGCCAUGGCGCCGUCCUGACAAUGGCGGAUGGUACUACCAUGAAGGCCAAGGUCCUGAUCGGGUGCGAGGGCACCUACUCCGUGGUGGCUAAGUACCUCGGGCUGUCUCCGGUGAGAACAAUCCCACGCCCAGUGCUGCGGGGUUUCACAUGGUAUCCGCAUGGCCAUUCUUUCGACAACGAGUUCCUGCGCCUGAGAGUUGGAGAUUUCUUCAUCGGGCGGUUAACAAUCACAGACAAUCUGGUCCAUUUCUUCAUAACAAUGCCCAAACCUCCCACUGAUGUGAACACCAAGGACCUGAAGAAAGUGAGGGAUGUCGCGCUAAAGAAGAUGCAGGACGUAGGAUGCCCCGCCGAGAUCAUCGACAUCGUCCGCGACUCGGACCCGGAGUCGCUCAACUUCGUCACGGAGUUCUGGUACCGCCCGCCGUGGGAGGUCGUCUUCGGCAGCUUCCAGAAGGGCACCGUGACGGUCGCCGGCGACGCCAUGCACGCCAUGGGCCCGUUCAUCGGCCAGGGCGGCUCCGCGGGGCUGGAGGACGCUGUCGUGCUCGCGCGGUCGCUGGGGCGGGCCGUGGACGACGCUGACGGUGCUGGGAAGGACGCCCCGGCCCCGGCGCGCGAGAAGAUGAUCGGGGAGUACAUCAGGGAGAGGAGGCCGCGGGUGGCGCUGCUGUCGCUCGAGUCCUUCAUCAUGGGGGCGCUGCUGGUGCGCUCGCCGUCUCCGGUCACCAAGCUGUUCUGCGUCGCCGUGCUCAUUCUCUUGGGCAGCAAGUCGCUUAGGCAUGCUUACUAUGACUGCGGUCGCCUCUAG